AUGCAGGCUUCGAUUGACGCAAAAAACUCUGGUAGUAUUCUUCUUGAUACACGGGUCUAUUCAGACCCAAUAAAUCUAGUGGCCACUGGGUCGACUGCAAAUAUUGACAUGGAGAAGUCUAACUACCCCUACGCAUUCGAAAACAACGCUCGAAAAAGCUAUGGAGAUCUUGAAGUGGUUCCAGAAGAUGAGAGAAAAACAAGAGCACACGGCGGAGAGCCACCUUCAGCUUCUCUAUGGGAGGCUCGAGGAAGAUCUGGAAAUCUCGAAGUCGCCCCCGAACAUGGAAUGGAGGUUGCAUACAACCAUGAAGCUCCGAUUUGGAUAUCAGGUCCCGUCACGAGUUAUGGAGGCCUUGACGGGAACAUAAUCAAAAACGAGCCAAAGAAGAGCAAGCGAAGGAUAUGUGGACUUCGAGCUCGCACAUUCUGGAUAUUAUUGGUUAUCAUAGUAUUUGCGGUUGCUGGUGGCGUUGGAGGAGGAGUAGGAGGAACAUUGAUCAUUCAAAAUCGAGAUCAAAAGGUCGCACUGACCGAUACUUCGGAUAGGACUCAACAGGGGUCAAACACAAGUUCUACCACCACAAACACAUCCCCGUUAUCAUCAACAUCAUCCGCAUCUACAUCCGGCACAACCACAACGGGCAGGGCAUCAACAACAUCCUCCGCGCCCAUUACCUCUGGUACGAAUGGAUUAGCAGCGAACCCGUGCCCGGGUAAAAACUUGACAACAAUUGAAGGAUCCGAUGACUCAAUCUUCACAAUCCUCUGCAGCGUGGACUGGCCCAGUGGGGAGAAGUCGCAGUAUGGAAAUGUUACAGUCGAGGAUUUGACCGUCCCAUCGACUGCGUAUACCUUGAAAGAGUGCAUUGCGGACUGUGUUAACUUUAAUAACGCAGAACCGGGCGAGUCACCCUGCAGAGGGGUUGUGUAUACUGCCAACUUGACGGCUGCAUUUGAUGGAGGGCAGGAUGGGAAUUGCUUCUUGAAGAAUACUAUUGGGAGGUACUUUCCUACUUCGGAUACCUCGAUGGCUGCUGGGAUUCUAGGAGGAGGAAUUUCUUAG